CGGGAGUGGUGAGACCGUGUCGUCGGGUGGCGUCGAGGGGACCACCAUCGCCGGGCCGAUGUCAUCGCGGUCGCAUCCCCUGGAGCCGGAGGCCGGACGCGCGAGGACCAACCCCGUCGACGACCCGGAGGGACCGGCCGAGGACGAGGACGCGCCGACCACCGCCGCGACCACCACCGAGAGGUUGCCGCCUCCCGCGAGGGACGCCCCUAUGGAAGCACUGAGCGUGAGCGGGUAUAUAGUGUCAGUGGUGCUCGUGCUCGUAGUCGGGGCGCUGCUGGGUGUGCUGGCCACGGUAUCGCAUCACCUGCACCAUCGUCGGCUGCCCCACAGCCCAGCUUCCUCCAUCCUGCAUCACCACCGUCAUCACCAUCACCAUCACCAUCACCACCGACAUCAUCUCCGGGAGGAGCUGCCGCCGUCGCAGCAACGACGACUCCUGCUGCAAGACCACCAGCUCCGGCCUGCCGCCCCGUCGAUGCUGUCGGUAAGCGCUGGAAUGGAGGUCGGCAGCGGAGGUCACGGUGGUCACGGGGGUCACGGGGGUCACGGCGGCCCCGCGGGCGGCGGAGGCGGCGGGGACGGGAUGCAGGAAGCCAUGGUGGCGGCCGCGAGGGACCGGGCCGUCCGGGCGGGCAGCGUCCGGCAGGACCUCGCCCUGGACCUACCUCCGCGGCUCCAGCUUCCGGACGGCGAGGAGCGCCCCUACGGGGCGCACACCGCUCUCCAUCUCCGCGAUCCCGAGCAGGAGAGCGAGAUCUACCAGAAGUGCGUGCGCCCGCCGCCCAACCGGACGGUGUUCGACAGCGAGAGCCCGCCGCCGUACCGGAGCCAGUCGGCGCUGCUGGAGGCGCCCGAGCGGAUAGUGCGCUGCCACAGCGCGGGCAGCUCGCUCCUGAGGGUGUUCCGGAGGUUCCCGAGCGGAGGCUCGGGGAGCUCGACGCCGGCGGUGCUGGUGCCGCGCAGGCCGACCCUCUCGAGCUACUCGGAGUCGAGCAGCAACCUGAGCAACCUGUCGAGCCUGACGGUGGUGCCGUGCGAGGCGGACGAGAACCCGGGCCACCGGCAGCACGUCUGAUCCGCGCCCGAGGCCCGACGGGAUGACCCGCCGAGAGACCUAGCCUUACUCCGCGAGGAGGCCGCCGCGGCCGGGAGGAAGCGGCCGCGGGCCGCGGGGGUGGAGGGCCGCCCCCUACGGGGAAAUCUCAAGACUGACUCGCGGGAAAAGCUUCGCAGGACGGCCCCUUCGGCCACCAUCGUCCGGUAGAGCGGCGGGGUGUCCCCGUCCCCUCCGCAGGGGGAGGGAGGAACGAGGGAGGGCUCUCUCUCGUCCACGGUUUUCCCCGUCGAUCGCUCGACGCCGAUCCCGGAGGGCCGGCACUCUCUAGCCAGAUCUCAGAUAAGUCCAAAGUAUAAGUCCAAGCGCGGCGGGGGAGGUGGAGGCGACCGGAGAGCGAGAUGGAUCGACCGAGACGGAGGAUGGGGAAUCCGGAGGAUCCGGGAAGAGGAGCGACCCCGGGAGGGGGACGCGGCCACCUCCGCGUCGGCGUCUCGGCGCCGGCCGAGAAGAGGACGGACGCCGAGAGGGGCGAUAUCUCUCCUCGGUGAUCGCGACGGCGAUAUGGACGCUACCACGGGGCUGCGGGGGGAGGAAACGGGUGGACGAGGGGGGCGGAUUGCCAGUGCGCGCACGCGCGCGCGCGCGCGCCCAACACUUUGAAUUUAAGGGGGACCCCUCGGGAUCCAGACGAUGCAAAGUAUCUCUCCGUGCAAGUUUUUCUCUUUGCGAAAAAGACUUAGUAAAUUAUUUAUUGGCAAUAUUGCGACUUGCAAGAUUGCGAGUUUAUUAUUAAAGGGGGAGCGCCGGCGAGAGAGCCGUUUGCGCGAGCGAAUGGGUGCGAGGGUGUGAGAGAAAGGGGAGAGAGAGGGGAGGAGGACGGGAGCGAGCAAGUCGGAGGGAAGAGGGGGGAGUCGGGAGAACGGGCCGAAGAAGCGGGGCGAGAGAGAGGGAGGGAGGAAGAGAGAACCGAAAAUGUAGUGCCAAGAGCGACAAAAGAACUCUGUAAAUAUUAGGCUAGGUAGUUCAAUAUCGGUAUAAUAAUUACGACUAAAAAUGAUAUGCUACUACGUAUCGAUUAAAAGGUAAAGAUCCAGCGGGCGUUGCUACGCGCAUUAUAUAUACGAGGUACACACACAACACACACACACACACGUGCGAGAGAGAGGCGACAGGCCGUUCGCGCGAGGAGCGAGGGAGCGCGCGAGCGAGACACCGGAAGUCGGGCCGGAUCCUGCGGAAAGACCCGACGGAUCCUGCGGAAUUUUCUUUACGGUCGUCGCGAGAGGUCCGCGAUGGGCCGACCGUUCACGUUUUAGUGAUGGACGUCGCGGGCGUCUCUCUCCCUCUCUCUCUCUCUCUCUUUUUCUCUUCCUCUCUUCCUCUCUUCCGCGCGAAUACCUCGGCGCCGACGCGCGCGACUCGCUCGCUUGCUCGCCGACUUCCUGCCUAAUGUCUGAUAUAACGCUACUUUUAUUAUUAUUCAAAUAGAUAAGGCCUCAGUUUUGACGAAAUAGGACGAGAUCUGCCCCGAGGACCUGUCGAGAUGACGCGCGCCGCCUCGACGACGUUCUUUUCUCUUCUUUUCUUUUCUUUUUUAUCUUUCUUUCUUUUUCAAAUCUCGCGCCGCGCCUUCCAGUCUCUUCCGGGAGGCCUCGUCGAGCUCGGCCGACGGACGCGUCCCCUCGCCGUUGACUUUUAUCCCCGGAUACCCCGGGAAAUUGGACUACGCCGAUCGACAAUUUGCGUUCAGUAUCCGCCAUAGUCUUGCGUAUGGGAAAUUACCCCGUUUACUGUGCCCCGGCGAUCGCUCUAAGUCGACCGUGUCGUCGCGGAAUUAUUCCAAUUAAUAUUCCCCGUAGCCGUGAACCACGCGGCCAUGAAUGAAUCUCUUGAAAGUCGUUUCUAAAUCUCUCUCUCUCGAGAAAAAAAAAAAAAAUAAAAGAAAUAUAGGUGUCUCGAGGUUUUACGAGCUCGCAACUCCUUUGAAUUUCUACGGAGAUCAUCGUACAGAUGGUAAUUUCGGCUUAGCGAACGCUGGGUUAUGGUAAAUUAAUAUUUAAUCGUAAUUAGAAAGGACUAUUGCCGGCGUCCUGGCCCGUCAUCCAUAAACACCUUCCGCGUCGUCUCCGUGAAGCGAGGAUAAAAAUACGAGGUGUAAUUCCUGUUUACCUUUACAUCCAUCACGUACCCCCCCAUCAUUGUACUAAAAGAAUUACGGAUAUAAUACGUGUAUAUGGAAAUUACCACCGCGUCGCCAAGAUCUAUAUAACCGAGAUGUACAUUCUAUGGAGCCGCUCUUUUUACUCCGUAUAUUCUACUCAAAUUCUACCGUAUUACUCAUUGGAUCGUAAUUAAAAAGUAUGCUCCGUAGAGGGGGAUCUCUUUCCGCGAGUGCUCGACAUAUCGCGUAGGUGAAACAAUCGGUCAGGAACGUGUACACGGCACGCGUAAAAAGCUGUCGCCCGCGGGAUCGGCGAGACACGCGUAUCGCCGUGACCAAUCCGAGUCGAGCGAUAAACAAAUUCCCUCGGCCAGACGUUUUGCAAAACAGUCCCCGGCGGAUACGACGAUGUUAUCGAGCGAGCUCUCAUUGCGAAAGUCGACCGCGAGGGGAAUAAAGCGAUCCCGGGUGGGAAGGCGGAAAUUAUCGCGGGCCGAGCUCGCGGGUCCCUCGGGGGAGGAGCUUAUUAAUUUAAUAUUUAUAAAGAUUCGCGAUCCGUCUGCCACGUGGACGAAUAGCUCUAUCGAAGUAGGCCUUUACCCUUAGCGCCCGACAGGGCGGGGGUCGAAACGCCGUCCGUCGAGCAGGGAUGCACGAAUGCAAAGUACCUAGGGCGAGCCUCCCAUUAUUCCCGGGUUGAGGCGAUGCGAAAGCGACAUCCGAGGGGAAGGAAAUUCCCAUAGACCUCGAGACGUCAAACCGAGUCGGCUCGAGCCCCACCACGUGGUUGAGCUAGAAGGUGACGGCCAGGAAAUGUCAAAUUUGAUGGAGUUCCCUUUUUUUAUGUCUCUAAGCAAGUUUUUAUUAAUGACGGUUCAAGGGGGUUGGGACCUUCCCUGGGGCCUCCACGUCCACGUGGGGGUGGUUAGCCACGAUAAGCACGAUUAGGUACGGGGGGUAGAUGUAGGGGUUCCUCGAGGUCGCUUUCGCGUCGCCUUCAGGGGAGGCGAGAGGAUAAGACUUAUCUCAGGUCCGGUCGUCGGGGCAGAGCGAACAUUGAAUUUAUCCAACUAUCUCACGAGAAGUCACACCAAUUCAUUCUAAUCGGAGGGAUUCAUCGAUAGGUAAUAGGUCGAACGAAGGGGAUGCAGUUAAGGGAGGGACUUCUAGCCGCGACUCGGUAUAUCCCGGUGCGAUCUCGACGUCGCGAGUCGUCUGUUCGCCUCGGUGUUCAUUCGAUCGUUUCUAAGCUGAACGGCUCGAAGGCCGAUAACGGUAUCUACUGCGUGUGCGUUAAUGAGUGCGAGAUGAGCGAAUGGGUAUGCAAAUUGCCGGAUGAGCCUGGAGGGGCAGGAUUUUGUAGGGCCGAGGGAGAGGGUGACUUGUCUCGAUAAGACCGAAUCCGUGUCCAAGCCGUUGUGUAUUAGAAAUUGGCGAUCUUUGUACGGUUCCGUGUUGGCCGUGUGUUGCUGUUAGAUGGUAAAUCGAGCUGGAGGGUUAUGAAGACUCGCGUUCCGAACUACGCAUUGUCCUUAGGGCGUAAUCGAUCUUCGGGGAGGAGAUACGUGUCUCGAAGGUACGGCGAGGAGGACGGAGGCAUUGUCUAGGCAGUUCCACGCACGCGAGAAUAGACUGCAUUGUUCAACUCUACCCGGAAAAUCUUGUAAGAAAAAUUGGAAUUAACUCUGUACAUUCUUUGUCAUGCGGUACCAUUAGAGCUAAUUGUCGCUCCUAGCUGCUCCGAUGUCUACAAAGGAUGCGUCCUAUCUUGUUAAAAAAAUUGGAAACAAUUGCGAAGUGGAGGAGUAGCUAGGCGCGGCGACAGGAAAAACCCAUUCAAGCUGAGCUGAACACGAAACUCUGUAUAUUCUUUGUCAUGCGGUACCAUUAGAGCUAAUUGUCGCUCCUAGCUGCUCCGAUGUCUACAAAGGAUGCGUCCUAUCUUGUUAAAAAAAAUUGGAAACAAUUGCGAAGUGGAGGAGUAGCUAGGAGCGGCGACAGGAAAAACCCAUUCAAGCUGAGCUGAACACGAAACUCUGUGCAUUCUUUAUUAUGCGGUACCAUUCGAGCCGAAAAAUAUAGUAGACCGAGAUGCGUGGUUGCAGACGCAAUGCAAUAUUAUAGGCGAGGGGAAUAGGAGGGAACUUUGUGAAAGAAGCGCAAGGUCGGUCGAGGAACUGCAGGGAUCCAACGCUCUCAGGAAUUUAGAUGAUAGAUGCUCAUUCCUGGGAUUAUUCUCCGGGGCGUUUCAGUCUUUUUCUGGGGAUUCGCGGAUACGAAAACGCGCCUUUUCUGGGCCGAGGGAGGAAAUAGCGCCGUUCGUUAAUCUUGUACACCAUCCGGGAAUUACCGGCACGAGGUGACUUUUCCUCCCACGGUUGUACAUUGGUGGUCGCGAGUGCCUUCCCUGUGAUCAUGGAAUCCCCAAUGCACGACGGGGAGGCACUCAUGUCCACCAGUGUACACUCCACUAUGUGCGACUUGUAGAUUAAGAGCUGAUUCUCCGCUCGUUUCUUUUAUACUGUCCUAUUAGAUGUAUUUGUGUAAAGACGAGUCAGCCGUUCCGUGCGAAUAGUUUUAGAGGGCGGGGACGUUGUGGCGAUUAGAAGCAACGUGUUAUCAUUUUUGUCGUGAUCUCAUUGGUCAUAGGGUUAUUAAAUGCAAAGUGGUAAAAAGUGUUAUACGGAGGGGCGACCAGUUCCGUUCCGUCUAGGGGAAAAACUUGACACUAUUCUAGUCCCAAUUAUUAGCCCAUCUCGGGAUCUCCAGAGAAAGACCUUUUCGGAGAAUACACUCUUGGUCUCGCGUCUUUAAUCGAGCUGCUUUUCGUAUCGAGGGAAGCAGGAUAAUCGGAUCGGGAAGGCCGUCUCGGUUACGCUCGUUGAUAUGAGAUAACGAAGGCACGCGUGGUGGAACGAGGGAACAGCGGGACGACUAGCGUAAUUGUUGUAUUUAAUAUUCGACGACGUGAUCUUACGAUUGUAAUAAAUAUUAAUUAUUGUCGGUAGACGAACGAAACAAAGGGGCCUCGUGGCCCCAUGGGUUCUGUGCAAGCCUCGGUUGGAUUUAAGUGUUAUCGAGUUAGAUUGAAUUAUAAAUUGAUGAUAUCCGCGCGAACGAUACGUUAAGCGAAUGUAAGUCUUUCCUAGGGAAUUGGUAGUGCGCUCGAUUAUUGUGAUUUAUUAUUGAAUAUCGGUGGCACGUUAUUGCGAUUCGUUGAUCGGACCUUGGGGGUUUCCGGCGGGCGUUAUUAUGAUUAAAUAUAAAUAUAAAUAUAUAAAUAUAUAUAUAUAUAUAUGGAUAUAUAUGUACUAUUGAGGGAGGUUUUUCGAAAGCGGCGAGACGGUUCACCCGCGGGGAUUUUCUUUUUCUUCUUCUUGUUUUUCUUUUUUCUUUUUUGGAAUCGAGAGAGCCGGCUUCGUCUUCGUCCAGGCGAAUAUCGAUGGGUGGUGGGGAAAAAAAAAAAAAAAAAAAACCCGCGGGAAACCGGAUGCCUCUCGCCUUUUCGAAAUUGGUCUUCCGCCGUUGAGAAUCUGAACGAUUGAGAGUUUGUAGGAAAAUUUUUUCGGAAAAUGACGCCCGUCCUCGCCUGAUAAACCCGUAGGGGCGAGUAACCUAGUACUGAUUAAUCCGGAAACGAACUCCCGUUGGUUUGCCGGGUCUAAUAUUGUGAUUUCACGAGGUGUUCCAAAGAGAUAACGGAUAAAGAAGGAAAGAAAGAAAAAAAAAGAUACUAAAGAUUUUCGCUGUCGAACGUCUUUUAUUUCGCGUUCGUGGUCGGUGAUAUACUGCUGUAUGAUUGUACGUCGUGUGCCCUUCGAACUUUGUCGAUGUGUCGAGGACUAGCGCGCCAUUCCGCGUCCUUUCCGCGGCGGGGAAGAAUCGGAGACGCCUCGUAUCCGCAGCCUUUAAGUAAACCGCUUCCCGGAGAUUCUUUGAAACUCGGAGAGAGGGAUCCGGGGGAAACUCGAGGCUCGACGAUCUUCCCACCGCGUUUAGCUCCGUACACUGGGAGACAUCGAUGCCUCCCCGUCCUGCACAGGCGAUGUCGUAUCUGCAGGGGAGGCAUUCGUGUCCGCCACCGCGCAGGGAACACUUUUCAACGAACGAGCGGUACUUCUUCCCGCACAAACGGGAAUUUGGCCAAUGACAAUCCCACCCUGGCGUUCUAUAUUAAGCUGCGACAAUAUUAUUGCCAACCGCUAACGACCGCUCCCACUCGUAAUCCGGAAUGCUUCCGAUAAAACUCAUGUCAUUUCAAGGGCGCGUCACUUUUUCAACGGUACAGCGUGGACUUGCGAUACCUCCUGUAUCGGAAAUUAAUCCGAAGGGUUGGGAACCGCGCGGGCGCCAUUUUGGAAAUCGGAUUCAGAGGGCGAAUAGUCGUCCUUCGUCUCACCGUCGAGUUCCUCGCUUACUGGGAAAUUAAAUAGACGUUCGAAGGUACGGAAAAGGUCGGCCAAAUUCCCGAUCACCUCGCCGAGAAGCAUAAUAUCCGCGAAGAGAUGCACAGACCCGCGUGGCCCCGAUGGUCACGCGCGAGGAAUCCCCGAAUCAAAAUUUCUCGGACCAUCCCCUCGAGACAACACAGUGGCUUAUGCAAGUUAAAUUGCAAUAGAGUGAGUGAGAAUAGAGAGAGAGAGAGAGAGAGUGAAAACGAUUGAGAGAGUGUGUGUGAGACAAACGUUGUCGCGUUGUUCGAAACCGGUCAAGCGGCUGAUUUUUCGAUAUUCGUCGGAGCGCCUUCGCGCCGAAGGUUUCGGACGUUUCGAGGAACUCUUUAAAAGAAAUACAAAAAGGAGAAAAAAAAAUAAUAAAAAUAAAAAUAAACAAUCGUAAUCGAUGUGUA